UUCUCCCCGCGCAGUAUCAUCAAAGAUCGUGUGUGAUUAAGAAGAUGAAUCACCUGAGUGUGAGAAAAGGGGUUGCUGGAACAACAUCGUUUUAUUAACAGCCACGCAUUGCAUGAAAUGAUAAAGCUUUUUUUUUUUUGUGGAGAAGUGAAUGAAUAUUUCCUUGUCAAUAACACCCAUACGGCGGUUUUUGGGAAAGUUGAGCGACUGAGCUGUUGUAGGCUAUUAACUGCUGUUUAAACUACCCUAAAACGUAGUCAGCAGCAGUGUAAAAAUGGCAGGAGUUAUCCGGAGGCUCGACGAGACUGUUGUCAAUCGGAUUGCUGCAGGAGAAGUUAUCCAGCGUCCUGCCAACGCCGUCAAAGAACUGAUUGAAAACUGUUUGGAUGCCAAGUCUACCAACAUUCAAGUGACGGUAAAAGACGGCGGACUGAAGCUCCUUCAGAUUCAGGACAACGGCACUGGCAUCAGGAGAGAAGAUAUGGAAAUAGUUUGUGAGAGGUUUACCACGAGCAAACUCCAGACUUUUGAGGACCUCUCAGCUAUUGCAACCUAUGGAUUCAGAGGAGAGGCUCUUGCUAGCGUGAGCCAUGUUGCCCAUGUCACCAUAACGACUAAGACUGCUGAUGCCAAGUGUGCCUACAGAGCCAGCUACAGCGAUGGCAAACUAAAAGGCCCUCCCAAACCGUGUGCUGGCAACCAGGGAACACAGAUUCUUGUGGAGGACCUCUUCUAUAACGUGUCCACCAGGAGGAAAGCUUUAAAGAGCCCCGCGGAUGAGUACUCCAGGAUCGUAGAAGUUGUCAGCAGGUACGCCAUACACAAUUCAGGAAAAAGUUUUUCCGUCAAAAAGCAAGGUGAGACUGUGGCAGAUGUGAGGACUCUACCCAACGCAUCUGCAGUGGAUAAUAUUCGAGGAGUUUUUGGCAAUGCGGUCAGCAGGGAGCUGAUCGAAGUUGGCUGCGAGGACCAGAAGCUCGCUUAUAAGAUGAAAGGCUACAUCUCCAACGCAAAUUACUCGGUCAAGAAGUGCAUCCUGGUCCUUUUCAUCAACCAUCGUCUGGUGGAGUCGAGUGCUUUGAAAAAAGCCGUCGAGACCGUUUACGCUGCAUACCUUCCCAAGAACACGCACCCUUUUCUAUACCUCAGCUUGGAGAUCGCUCCGCAGAACGUAGACGUCAAUGUCCAUCCCACAAAACACGAGGUGCAUUUCUUGCACGAAGACAGCGUCGUCGAGAGCAUUCAGAAGCACGUCGAGAGCAAACUCCUGGGCUCCAACUCCUCGCGCACAUAUUUCACUCAGACGUUGCUGCCAGGGCUGUCAGUGUCAGGUGGCAGCGAUGUCAAGUCCUCCAGCGCCGCGGCGGAGCCAAGCGAGCGAAUCUACGCACAUCAGAUGGUGAGGACCGAUUGCCGUGCCCAGAAGCUGGACGCCUUCCUCCAGCCCAGAGAGAAGCCGCCCCCCGAUCCGGAAGCAGCCGGUCCCAGCAGCAGGGAGGCCCAGCCUGGAGGCGUAGAGAUGGAGGAGGCAGAUGAUGCAGACAUGAUGGAGGCCCUGGCAGAGCAGGAGGCCGAGGUGCCAAAAGGCGAUGAAGACGAUAACAGCGUUCAAAGGAAGCGACCCAGGAAAGAGCAGCAGCAGCAGCAGGCGGAAGAAGACGAGGAGCUGACGGCCGCAGCCACGCCCAAGAGACGAGUCGUGAAACUGACCAGCAUCAGAGAGCUCCGAGCCGAGAUCGCUGAGAACACGCACAAAGGUCUUCAGGAAAUGCUGCAGAACCACUCGUUUGUGGGCUGCGUCAACCCUCAGUGGACUCUGGUACAACAUCACACCAAACUGUACCUGCUCAACACCACCAAACUCAGCCAGGAGCUUUUCUACCAAAUCCUCAUCUACGACUUUGGGAACUUCGGUGUACUAAGACUAUCGACACCGGCUCCACUUUAUGACCUGGCCAUGUUGGCUCUGGACUCGGAGGAGAGCGGCUGGACAGAAGAGGAUGGUCCUAAAGAAGGCCUGGCUCAGUACAUAGUGGACUUCCUGAAGAAUAAAACUGAGAUGCUGGGGGACUACUUCUCCAUUGAGAUAGACCAGGAAGGAAAUCUAACCGGGCUGCCGUUACUGCUCGACAAGUACACCCCGGUGAUGGAGGGUCUCCCCAUGUUCAUCCUGCGCCUGGCCACUGAGGUGAACUGGGACGCUGAAAAGGAGUGCUUCAGAGACUUCAGUAAGGAGUGCAGCAUGUUCUACUCCAUCAGGAAGCGGUACGUCCUGGAGGCCGAGCCGGGAGAGGAGCAGGAUCAGGAGGUGAACUCGUGGCGUUGGAAAGUUGAGCACGUCAUCUUCAAAGCGUUCCGGACCCUCUUCAGUCCUCCGAAGAGCUUCAGUGAGGACGGCACUGUGCUGCAGAUCGCCAACUUACCCGAUCUCUAUAAAGUGUUUGAGAGGUGCUAAAUCUGAUCGUCCAAUCUAAAAUACAUGCUGCCGUUUUAAACUCGAUGUAACAUUUGUUCUGUAAAUAAAUACUUUGCAUGAAGCUUCA